AGGUGAUGAGUCCAGUGCCGCUGGUAUAGUUUGUGAAUGUGUGUGUCUCUGUGUGUGUCUGUGUGUGGGAGGGGAAGCUCUGACACUGAGAAGGCAGUGUGGACAUAUCUGACACACGACACAUUCGCAACACGAGCAGAGGACACACGCGCACUCACGCAGCCGAGAUUCACCUGUCCUGCUGGGAUUGUAUUCUAUCCGGAAGCCGCCGACAGGUGACCUGUCACCAUGUUCAAGAGAAAGAGCAAGUCCACCGCUAUAUCGCAGCCCAAGACACCCCUUUCCAGUGCUCCCUCCACGGAACUGAGCGUUCUGAUCGAGAAGCUGCAGAAGAAUGCCGACAAAGUGGAGAAGAACAUCUACGACGUGGAGCAGAACCUCAACAAGGACGUGAGUAAGAUCAACGAGGGGAAGCAGCCGCUGUAUCAGGAUGACACCAACAAGAGAAUCCUCAACUCUCUGGAGCUGCUCACCGGCCUGGACGAUGACGCCGUCAACGCCAAGCGCCUCCAGCACCCACAGGCGGAGAUGAUAGCACAGGACAUGAAACAACUGCGUGAGAGAGUGAUGAAGCUGAAAGAGGACCAUGACCAUAUCUACCACCUGAGCCGCACUGAGGGGAUGCCCAGCAUCAACUGGGGCUACAUGGUGGAUGAGAAACUGGACAACCUGAACAACAAGGGCUUUGGACAGGACCUGCCAACUGUGGAGAACGAGGUGGAGGAACACAACAUCUUCCACAGUGAGGUGGAGGCUCUGGCUCCUCACAUUUCCACCAGUGGUGACAAGGAUUACGUCAGUAGCCUCCAGAUGAAGUACAACAAACUGCUGGCCAGUUCCGGCGCUCGUCAGCGCAACCUGCUGAGCCUGCGGGACUACAUGCAGCGCUGCACCAAUGAGCUGUACUGGAUGGACCAGCAGGCCGAGGAGAGGAUCAACUACGACUGGAGCGACAGCAACCUAGACUACCCUGCCCGCAAGAGGCAGUAUGAGAACUUUAUCAGUAAAUGUCUGGAGUCCAAGGAGGCCACCAUCACCAAGCUGAAUGAUGAUGGAGAGAAACUGAUCACCUCUGACCAUCCGGGGAAGAACGUCAUCGAGGCUCACAUGGAGGCAGUCCAUGCUGACUGGAAGGAGUACCUGAACCUGCUCAUCUGUGAGGAAAACCAUCUUAAACACAUGGACGAGUACCACAAGUACCAGAAGGAGGCACGUGACACUCAAGACCUGCUGAAGCGGCUGGAAACAGAGGUCAACCAGAAGUACAACCCAGAGUUCAAAGAUGUGUAUCAGAUGGAGGGUCUCGUCAGGGAGCUGGAUGACCAAGCCAAGGCCAUGGACCACUUUGAUGAGCGGGUCAAGGCUCUGCAGAAGCGCAGCCUGCAGGUUUUGCCUCUGAAGUAUCGCAGAGAAACGCCCCAGAAGCUGCUCCCCAUUGAAGCUCUGUGUGAGUUUGACACAGAUGAGGGCCAGAUUUUGCGGGGGGAGAGGUACACUUUGCUCCGGAACAACGCGACCAAAUGGGACGUGAAGGACGCAGCUGGACGGAAGAUCACUGCCCCGGCCGUCUGCUUCAUUAUCCCCCCCACCGACCCCGAGGCAGUGGCCAUCUCUGACAACCUGGCCAGUCAGCAGAAAGCCGUUAAACAGAAGAUGGCGAGCAGCAAGACAACUCUGCUGAAACGCUACGACGAGCUGAAGAAGGAGAGUGGGGCCGGCACAGCUACAGACAAGCAGGAGCAGCAGUGCCGCCAGCUGAUGGCCGGUCUGGAUAAGGUCGUCAGUGACCUGGACAAACAGGAGAAGGCCAUUCACGCGCGAGUGCGCCCGCCGCUGGAGCAGAACAGGCCACUGCAGGACAGCGCUGACCGCCUGCAAGAUAUGAGGGACAUCGCUGCAGCCGUCAGUAAGAUCGAACCACAGAAAUCUGCUAAAGUGCAGGAGGCAAAGAGCUUCUUGGUCUCGAACCCGAACUGUGCCAGUGCUCCUCAGCUUCACAGCAAGGUGGAUGAAGCCAGUAAGAAGUACACCAAGGUCGAGCAGCUUCUUCAGUGCUCUCAGGACAAACUGAAGAAUUCCAACCAGCUGGAGACGUCCCUUCAAAAUGGAAAGACUCUUCUGUCCACCUAUGAGAACAAGCUGGCCAGGGAGGAGGUCGCUCCAGCUGACAUCUCCUCACUGGAGAAAACACAGAGGGACCUUGGAGAUAUUGCAUCAGACCUGAGGUCCAAGAGGUCGGUGAUCUCUGAGACAGAGCAGAACCUGCGCUUGGCCAAAACAAGCUGCGACAACAUGGCCACCAAAUUCCAAGAGCACUGCCCCGACAUCGAGCGGCAGGAGGCCGACGUCCAGAAGCUCAACAAGCGCUUCAACAACCUCAACAGGCAGAUCGACACCAGGUCUCAAAGCUUGCAGAGAGCCAAGAUGGCAUACAACAAUUACCGCAAUGAUUACGACAAUCUAAACAGCUGGCUGUCUCGUGUGCCAAACUACGAGCCCCGGGACACUGACGACAUGAGACAAGUGGAGACCAAGCUGAAGAAUCAGAGGAACUUGCUCUCUGAUAUUGCAAGAAAGGAGUCCGACUUGAACAAUGUCUCCAAAAAUGCCCAGCUUUACCAACAAGCUGUCAAAGACUACGAGACUGAAACUGACAAGUUCAGAUCUAUCCUGGACCUUGAGGAUGGACUUGUACCUCAAACAUACAAGAAGAGCAGACUGGAAUCACCUGCUCUUACAGUCAAGGGAGAGGAAGCUGCCAUUGAAGCUAAGUUUACUGAGGUGAAUGCUGUGAACAAGCAAAGGCUGCAGAAUCUCGAGUUUGCACAAAGUCUCCUCAGUCAGCAACCCGAGGUUCCCAUGAUCCAGUCUACAAAUGUCCAGUCAGUCCAGUCUGCUGCUCCGGGAGAAGAGCCUUGGAGAAUCAGGAAGCAGCUGGAAGAUGAAAUCCAGAGGAGAGAGCAGCUCGAAAAAGAAAUUGAGACCAUUCAGACUGACAUCUAUGUCCUUGAAGGACAGAAGCCUCAGGAUACAAUUGUCAAGAAGGAGCUGAUCAAAAAGGUUCCUGACCCCCAGUUGGAUGAGGAGGUUCACAAAGUCCAGCAGAAACUCUCAGAAGAGCGCCGCACUACCCAUGUCCUCGAGAAUGACCUUGAAGUAUUGAAGUUGAAGCUCCGUGGCCUUGAGACGGAAGUCAAAGAAGGGGCACAGCAAUACACAGUGAAGGAGGUCCUGCGUAUAGAAAGAGACCGUGGUCAAGAGGAGGAGGUGCGCAAACUUCGCCAUGACCUGGAUGAGUUAAAAAGGCAGAAGUUGAUGAAAGAAAAUGAGCUGGUUCAGAUUCAAAAGCAGGUGACACUCCUGGCUGAGGAGAAGAGCAAGGAACAAGAGGUGAUCACUGAAGAGGAGGUGAUCAAAGUUCAGAAUGACCCCCAACUUGAAACAGAGUAUCGGGUGCUUCUAGACAGGAAGCAGAAGGAAAUUGAUGGAAGGAAGCAGCUGGAGGAUGAAUUGCAGUUUCUUCAGGAUAAGCUACGAAGGCUGGAGAAGGAGAAGUCAAUGGCAGAGGAGAAGAUUUCCAUCAAGGAGGUGCUGAAAGUAGAGAAAGAUGUUGCCUUUGAAAGGGAGGUAGAAAACCUGAGGAGACAGUACGAAGAUGAGAAGACCAAACGAAGAUCAUCACAGCGAGAAAAGGCUGACCUCCAGAGGAAAAUUACCAGCCUCGAGGAGGAGAAGUCCAAGGUUGUUGUUCAGGAGAAAGUGCGGGAGAUCGUCCGUCCUGACCCCAAGGCUGAAAAUGAGGUGGCCAAUCUCCGGCUUGAACUUGUGGAGCAACAGAGGCGCUAUAAAGAUUCAGAGCUCCAUCUUAGAUCCCUGCAGGAUGAGCUGACUAUGCUGAGGAACAGAGGACCUCAAGUGGAGAUCAAAGAGAUCAUCAAAGAAGUCAUCAAAUAUAAGACGGAUCCACAGACCGAAAGAGAACUGGAGAGACUUCGCAAUGAAAUUGUAGAUAAAACCCAGCAUACUGAGAAAUCUGAGAUGGAAAUCCGCCAACUUCGUGAUGAAAUCCAAAGAUGGAAGGACACCAAACCCCAAGUGCAGACAAAAGAGGUGGUAAAUGAAGUGCUGCAGUACAGGGAAGAUCCCAAGACCAAGGAGGAGAUUGAGAUUCUCAAGAGGAAACUGGCUGAUGAACAGAAGAAACGCCUUGACCUUGAGAGAGAACGGUCAGCCCAAGAAGAGAAGAUCAGACUGAGGAAGAUGGAUCUGUCUCAGGUCCGCGAGAAGAUUGUUCAGCAAGAAGUGGUCAAAAUGGAAGAAGACCCUGUCCUCAAGUCAGAGUGCAACACCUUCUUACAAAGCAUCAACACUGAGCAGAAACAAAAGGAGAAUCUGAAAAAUGAGCUUCACCAGCUGCAGAUACAGAAGGCUGACCUGGAUCUGCAACUGGAAGAACUCGAGCGUGAGCGCAAGGCAAGGCGUGAUGCAGAACUGGAGAUCCAAAGGCUUCGGGUCAGACUUAAUGAACUGGAAAUCCGUGACAAAGAGAACCGUGAGAAGGUGACAGUCAAACAGAAGGUAGUCCUGCAGCAAGAUCCCCAGCAGGAGAAGGAACACUCCAUCCUCAGACUACAGCUUGAUGAAGAGAAGCACAAACGCACCCUGCUUGAGAAAGAGUUGAACGCCCUCAUCCAGCAGCAGCUCACCCUGGAGAAGAUGGAUGUGAAGGAAAGAGUUGUCCGCACUGAGAAAGUCCAAGUUGAGAGGGACCCAGAGGCAGAGAUCGAGAUUGAGAACCUAAGGAGGACUCUGGAGGAUGAGAAAAGGAGAAGGCGAGAACUUGACCAGGAGCUAUCCACCCUUACUUCCAGGCUGUCUGAUAUGGAGUUCUCUAACACCAAGUCUUCUAAAGAACUGGACUACAUCCGUGAUGAAAGUAACCGUCUGCAGCAAGAAAACCAAAGGCUGCAGAAUGAGAUCCGCAAGCUUCGGUCUGAAAUCGAGAUCACUAGCAAAGAGACUCGGAUUAUCACCGAGUCUGCACCAAGGGAGGAUGGAAAGAACCUGGAGCUGAGGCUUGAUUCACUACAGAGGGAGCUUGCAGAACUCAGAGGCGUAACCACCCAGAAGGAUGAGGAAAUUGAGAGGCUUCAGAAGAACCUGGCGGCAGUGAGAAUGAAGAGGGAGCAGAGGGAGAGCCAUCUCCGUCGGUCUAUCGUUGUCAUUGAUCCAGAUACGGGCAAGGAGAUGCGACCAGAGGAGGCCUACAAGCAAGGCCUGAUCGACUGGAAGAUGUUCGUCAACCUGCAGAGCCAAGAGUGUGACUGGGAGGAGAUCACAGUCAAGGGUCCCAAGGGUGAAUCCUCAGUUCUUCACGACAGAAAAUCAGGGAAAAAGUUCUCCAUCGAUGAUGCGUUGCGUCUCGGGCACAUCACAAAUCGCCAGCUUCAGCAGUACAUAAAUAAAGAAAUCUCCAUCCAGGAGUUUGGCGUAAUGGUGUCAGGAAAGAAGAUGUAAAUGCUAAUAUUCUUAGUAAAUGCGUUUUUUGUUUGAUUCUAAAAGCUUUAAUUUGUUUCAUUUUUGUUGUUUAAACAUUUCCUUGCUUUUUAUUGUACUUCUAUUCUAACUUUAAUACUACGGUGACUUGGCAUUGUUUUUACUUUAUCCACGAUUCCUAAACGCACUACGUAUUUAUUUGCUUAUGCAGAUUCAGUUUUGUGGUACUGACAUGAAUAUAUGGAUGAAUAUUACUAUCAUUACAGCUAACUACACAAGAAUUCAAUGCAACAUUGUGGUAGGAAAACAUUUGCUCCGCUGAACUUUAAUUUCUUAGACUGGGUACUAGGGUCAAGAACAUAUUUUGAAUUUGAUACUCUCAUUUAACUUCAAAAGAGUACUAAGUGUUUCAUUUAUUUGUGGGGGGGGGGGGUCUUCCCAGGUUUAUCUGAUGUGUGCUCUACAAGCUUCAAUAAAAGUCAAAUCAAACUGAGAAA